GGCGGCGGAGCUGGAAGGACGGCCGCGUGUUGAGAGGAUGGCGGGCGGGGUGAUCUGUCAGCUUUGUGGGCAGCUGGUGGUGGAUGGGCAUCUUGAGGGAGCGGCGGGGGAGCGGGCUCAGCGCAAGCAUGCCAAGUCUCGACCGCACAAGAUUGCGGUCAAAAGCGUUGUUCAGGCUGGCGCAGCCUUAAAUGACAAACCUGUGCCGCUCGAGAAAGCCUGUGAGGACCGUUUGGAUGGGCCGAUGGGCGAGGACUUGGCUCCCGCCUGCUCUCUUUGUGUGUAUUUUGAUGGCGAGUAUCCCGCACGCGAUGCCUUCCCUUGGAUGCCAGAGCCCGCGGAAGAGAUUGAAUCUGCAUCGGAGGACGAGUCAUCGGUCGAGACCUGUCCCCACAUUGCGCCAGAUUUUGCCGGACGGCCGCGUCGUCGUCUCUUGACAGCAGGACGACCCUUUUGGACGCUGCAAGGGGUUGGCCUUUCUGAACUGGAGGACACCCUCCAGGAACUACACGAGCAGAUGGCUGACGACAACUCGGCGGCAGCACCGACUGCGGCUGAAGAGUUGUUGGCGCUGGCGCAGACCCUGUACCGCAGUUCAAGCAGCCGACUCCCCAACGUAGACGUCGAAAACGAGCGACAGUGCCUGAGCGGGCAUCAAGAGGCCCAGGAAAUUGUGCAAGAGGCCGUUUAUGCAGACCGGCGGUGUUGGGCCACCUUUGAGUACCCACGCAUGACACACCCUUCGUGGUGGUUUCCAGCCAGCGUGCACGUCCCCACCUACGACCAAGUGAUUCUGAGCCACCGAGAUGCGCACAUUGGCUGCCAUCGCGACAUUUAUGCGCCACGUGCCGUGCCUGUGCAUACCUAUUUGACGGCGCUGCGCGGGCGCAAGCGUGUCAUGCUACUUCCGCCAGAGACGACCUGGGCGGCUGACUGGGAUGACGUUCCUGCCACCCAUGCAGACUUGCUAUCCUUGCGGCGGCGCGUGGCCCAGGCUGGCGGCUACCUCUUUGACUUGCACGCUGUUCCUGAGGAGCUGCCCACCCUCUUUAUCCCAGCCAACUGGUGGCAUUGGCUCUGCCCCGUCGCAGAGGGCCAUGCGGUCCUGUAUGGCGGCUCGGCCUUUCCCUGACGCAUAUUUCCAACCAUGAUAGGUUAGCUAGACUGCGGGGGACUCGUCAGUCAACCGAAGGUCCCUGCAAUUGAUGGAUGUAAGUC